ACGAGCUGGCUUCACACCUGCCAUUAUACACAAAGAAGAACAGGAGCGAGGCGGAGGAGAAGAAGAAGCAGCAGCAGCAGCAGCAGAAGAAGAAGAAGAAGAAGAAGGCGGCGGCGGCGAAAAAGAAAAGGAAGAAGAAGAAAAAAAGUACUUGGAUGGAUCCUCACCAUUUAGAAACACUGCAUGGCAACGGUGAUCAUGAUGGCGUUUAUGUCACCUCCUGGGUGUCAGUGUGUCCCAGAGGCCUCUGUAAAGUCCAGCAAAAACGAACACAUGAGGGGAGUCAACAGACUGUUUGUAAUUCUGGAGAUGAUGCAUCAUCUUCAUCCAAUUACUGUCCAAGGUUGGGUUCACUGUGUCAAGUCCGAGUGCGGCUCAAAGCUGACAUGGAUGAAGCAGAGAGUUUAGUAUCUGAAAAGGGAAAUGAGAAGCUGUCUGUCCAACCUGACCAGUCAGUCACUGAUGUUACAGAGGCAGUGGCCACAGCCUUCCCAAGGUGUCAGGACUCUGUGCUGCAGGUCCCACUGGGUGACUGGACAAUGCUGAGGCUAGGGGAGGGUCAGUGCGAUAUCACAGAAGCAUGUGUGGAGGGAAUGAGAGCGGGAGAGAAAUGUGAGAUACUGAUUUCUCCAGUGGCAAAUGAACCAGAUAUCUCUGUUCCCCAUCCUGCUGAGGAAAACCUGCCUUUAUGUGCCACCGUUGAACUCAAAGCUUUCACACCAGGCAAGGAAUCCUGGGAGAUGUCUCCUGGUGAAAAGUGCGAGUGGGUGAGGUCACACAAAGAGAGGGGUGGAGUGAGAUUCAGGAGCGGGGAUGUGUGGGGAGCAGCUGAUAGCUACAGUCGGGCCCUCAAACGUCUCAUCACUCUCUAUGGUCAUGUUAGAGAGGUGGAGAAAAAAGGACAAGAGCAAGAAGCGGAGGAGCAGAGAGACACAAACCCUGGUGAUAAAACGCAGCACCUUCCUUCAGCUAAUGAAUUCAAAACCAUCAAAGCAGAGCUCCACUCCAACCUGUCCUUGUGCCAGCUCAAACUGAACCAACCAGAGAGGGCGAAGGCCAGUGCGGCUAAAGCUACUCAGCUGGAACCAGGUGGGGCUAAAGCCUGGUACCGUCUGGGCCAAGCCUGCCAGAUGGUGAAUGAACUGGAGGAGGCCAAGCAGGCAUUUAGGAAACUGCUGGAGCUACAGCCAGAAUCGUCUGCUGCUUUGAAGGCCCUUAAAAACAUAGCAAGUAGAGAGAAAGAGACAAAGGCUCAGCUGGGACUUAGACUCAGCAAAAUGUUCAGCUGAAGAUGAAAUAUUAUCAAUUUAUUGUCAGAUAUUGUCGGUAGAACUGUAUGUUUCUUCUCAUGAUUCACCAUUAAAUGGAAGUGCAUCUAUAGCCACUGCCUCAGCUCAAAAGUAAAGCCAUUAAUCUGUGAAUUCAUGUUUUCUCCCAUCUCUAUGCUGCUUGUGUGUGAGAUGCCUGAAUGUAACUUAAAAAUAAAAACCAUAUGUCAAAAACUUA